CAUCGGGUAUUGGCGUCAAAAGAAAAAUUUGUCAAAAACAUCAUUAUUUUGACGACUAAUUCGUUCUUUUUCUUUCCAUUUCUUUGAUUUAUUGAUAAAUUUAAGUAAAUUUAGUAUUAUUAGCAAGUUUUGGUUGAAAAAAUAAUUGACAAAAUUUUAUUGUGCAAACCUAACCUAAAAAUUUCGUGUGACCUAUGAAGGUGUUGAAUAAAUUGCAAUAUUUAGUUAACUAACUUUCGGUUUAAGGUUAUAAUAGUAAUAAUAUUGCCAAAUUUCUAUAAAUAUUGGUUUUGUACAUAUUUUUAUUAAAUUAAUAAGUCUUAAAAAAAAGUAGGCAUAGUUUGUGAAUUAAAUCUGCUCCGAUCGUCGCCUUGAAAGCUCGACUGGAAAAUUUUUAUAAAGUAUUUAUUUGUCCUCCCUUGUUUUUUUUUGUAAAAUUUUAAUAACUUGUGUGUAAAUUAGUAAAUUUUCUAUCCCAAUUUAAUUAGAGUCAGUGAAUUAUUAAUAAUUUUACAUUGUUAUCGAACCUGUUUAAAGUGCAUUGUUCUAUUCAGAAUUUCACCAAUUUAGGUUAUCUAAGAAGAAUUUGGAAUAUUUUUGCAAUCUCAAAGGACUUCCUAAUUUAGAAACAUGGAAAUUAAUCAAUCUUGGAUCAUUUAUAUUUUGGUAUUUAUGGGAAUUAGAGAAACUUUCAAGAAUGCGUUGAACCGACCUUGCCUCGUCGAACUUGGACCUCGGGAAUGGAUUCGACCUCUCUGCUGGUCCUCCUGAUCGCAUGGAGUUGGACCGUAAAUGGGCAGCAGGGGCCGGUCUUUGUCCUGGAGCCCCCGAGCACUCUUAUUUUCUCCAAUACAACUGGAUCACAAUUGAGUUGUUCGGCUCAUGGGAGUCCAACACCUGAUGUCAUCUGGAUAACCAGCUCAGAUCAUAGGUCGGUCACUGCAGUUCCAGGACUUCGGCAGCUACUCGGAAACGGAACUCUGUCCUUUCCGGCGUUUUUGCCUCAAGAUUUCCGAGCUGAAGUUCACAACGCACGCUACAGAUGCAGGGCGACAAACUCCAUGGGCAGUGUCUUAUCACGAGAAGUCACUCUUCGAGCCGUUUUAACAGCUCCAGGAUACGAUGUAAUGGUGAAUAGAUCUCCCGUUGUUGUUGGUAAUAAUGCAGUUCUUUCUUGUACGGCACGAGAAGAUGUCAAGGAACAUCUCACAGUUGCAUCCUGGUAUCGAGACGAAGCCAUUCUUUUACCUGGGAACACCGAUACUGGCGGAAGAUUUGUGGUGACAUCGCAGGGUGAUCUUCAUAUCAGAACAGCGAGAGAAGAGGAUGGAAGAGCUGUAUAUUCUUGUCUCACUUGGCACGCAUUAACAGGAGAACGAAGAAAAAGUGAACCAGCAACAUUGACAGUCACAGAACCAAAGGAUCUUUUGCCUCCGAGGCUGAUGCAGCGCUCUCAGAUCGCAAUUUCUGCUGAAAGGGAUUCAGAUGUGCAUCUUACUUGCUCAGCACAAGGAAAUCCUCCUCCACAAUUUACCUGGUAUAGGGAUAUAAACGGAAGUUCCGUUCGUGUUGAAUCUUACGGUCGGAUUCAACUUUGGGGAGAUUUGAUGCAAAUUCGCCGUGUAGACGCUCAGGACGCAGGAAGGUAUAUUUGCAAUGCGAGUAAUCAGUUAGGUGUACAACGAGCCGAAACACACCUGGCUGUUACGUCAAAACUCAAUGCUCGUAUUCAACCACGACUUCAGGUAAUAAAUUCAGGUGAAACGGCAAUUAUGAAUUGUACAGUCGAAGGAUAUCCGGUGGAAAGUGUCGAAUGGUUACACGAUGGUGUGCCAAUUUUAACAGCACAUGAGACGAGAAUACGUUUAUUAACACCACUUGUUUUAUUGAUUGGCUCAGUGGGAAGAAAAGAUAAGGGAAUGUAUCAAUGUUUAGUUCGUAGCGAUAAGGAAAAUGCCCAAGCAACUGCUGAAUUAAAAUUAGGAGAUACCGUGCCAGAAUUGCAAUAUACUUUUAUUGAGCAGGCAUUAAGGCCUGGUCCACCUGUUUCACUUCGUUGUUCAGCGACAGGUUCACCACCGCCUUCGUUUACCUGGUUCCUUGACGGAGAACCAUUGGGCGAAAUAAUGUCUGGUCAUAGAUAUGCUAUCGGACAAUAUGUCGAUCAAUCAGGAGAUGUGAUAAGUCAUUUAAAUAUUACAUCAGCAUCUUCCGAGGAUGGAGGUCUUUAUUCUUGUGUCGCUUCGAAUUCUCUUGCGUCAACAACUCACAAGGCUAGACUCAAUAUUUAUGGUGCGCCUUACAUUCGAUCAAUUGGACCAAUUCGAGCGAUAGCUGGAGUGGAUACAACAAUUGCAUGUCCCUAUUCUGGAUAUCCAAUAACAUCUGUAGAAUGGUCGAGAGAUGGAAUAUUAUUACCUCUCGAUAUGAGGCACCGAGUGGACAAUGGUCACUUGACUAUCAACGAUGUAGAUCCUCACGAUGCUGGAAUUUACACUUGCACAGUCCGUGCCACAAUGGGUCAAACAGCAAGCAGGGAUAUUCAAUUUUUUGUCAGCAGUCCACCAGUGAUGAGUCCAAUUUAUUUUCCGGCUGAUCUUCAAGAAGGCAGCAGAACACAAGUCUCUUGUAGUGUCACUUCCGGCGAUAUGCCAAUUCAUUUCUCAUGGCUCAAAGACGGCGAACCAUUGCCAUCGUCUCUUCGUAUUGAAGAAAGAGAGGAAGACUUUUUUCACUUUUUGAUAUUUAAAAAUAUUUCCUCAAAACAUAGUGGUAAUUAUACAUGUAUUGCAUUGAAUACAGCGGCGAAAGUUAAUCAAACAGCUGAAUUAUUGGUUCGUGUUCCACCUCAAUGGGUAUUUGAGCCACAAAAUGUAUCAACACUCUUGGGAAGUCUUCUUAUUGUUCAUUGUCGAGCUGAUGGCUUUCCACCACCAUCGAUAACAUGGCUAAGAAGUCGUGGACGAAGUACAAAUAAUUAUCAACCAUUGAUUGCCGGUCUUGAUGGAAGAUUGGCAAUUUUACCAAAUAAUACAUUAUGGACAGCAUCGGCUGAACCUCAAGAUGAAGGCCAUUAUCUUUGUCGUGCAAACAAUAGCAUUGGAUCUGGUCUCAGUAAAGUUAUCUACGUUUCUGUAAAUGAACCAGCGAGAUUUGAAUUUCAAAGCAAGAAUGUGACAAUUCGUCGAGGUGAAUCGGUUACUCUCGAUUGUACCGUGAUUGGCGAUGAUCCAAUUGAGGUACAGUGGCUUCAUAACAACAAUCGAAUGAAUACAAAUGGCCUCAGACUGAGCAUCAGUCAAGUAAAGACAGAUAAUGGUCUCAAGUCACAGCUUUCAAUUCGAAGUAGCGAUCGUCAGGAUUCUGGUGUUUACAGAUGUACCGCCGACAAUGCUUAUGGUAGAAGCGAGCAUCUCAUUUAUCUCGCAGUUCAAGAAAAACCAGAUCCACCGACAAAUCUCGAAGUAAUUGAAAUUGGUUCGCGAUCAAUUCGUCUUUCAUGGAAAAAGGCAUUUGAUGGUAAUACACCAAUUCACAAAUAUGUUAUACAAUAUCGUCCUCUUGGUCAUGGAAUAACUGAUGAUUGGGAUCCGGCAAAAGCUCAUAAUGUUUCAUUUACUCCUGGAUUAUUGAAUUUUGAAUCGUCAAUGAAUCCAACGCAAAAUGGUUUAUCACAUUAUGAAGUGUCAAACGAAGAACAAGAAGUUGUUUUAGUUAAUGGAUUGCAUCCAGCAAUUACCUAUACUUUUCGAAUUUUUGCCAUCAAUAAUAUUGAUGCAAGUUCACCGACUGAUCCGGUCGUUGCUAAAACUCAAGAGGAAGCACCUACGGAACCACCGCAAAAUAUCAAAGUCAAAUCAGCAGGACCUGGUGAAUUAAUAGUCAGUUGGCAGGCGCCACCAAAAGAAUCGUGUAAUGGAGAUUUAUUGGGAUACAUAAUAACAUGGUCUGAGCAUUCUUCAUCGACGUCAGGUGUUAAUCAGAGCAAAAGUUUAACAGUAAACGGUUGGGCGACAACUAAAGUUCAAUUGACUGGUUUAAGAAAUUAUACAAAAUAUGAUAUUUCCAUUAGGGCUUUUAAUAGCAUUGCAAGUGGACCGGCAAGUGUUCCUGUCGUUGGAACAACACAAGAAGGAGUGCCAGGCGCUCCGCCAACUCAAGUCACUUGUAACCCACUUUCGUCACAAAGUAUUAAGGUUUCUUGGCAUCCACCACCUUCUCAUCAACACGGGGGAGUCAUUAUGGGAUACAAAGUUUAUUACAGGCCAGUGCCUACUGAGAAUAUGGAAAUAUCGACAAUCGGUGAAGUAAAAAAGACUGCAAGCGAUGAUACGUACCUGCAUACUUUGUACAAAUAUACAAAUUAUUCAAUUAGAGUCUUAGCAUACACAAGUGCCGGUGAUGGGGUUCUUAGUUCUUCAAUUUAUUGCGCAACUGAUGAAGAUGUUCCAGGACCACCAGCGGGAAUAAAAGCACUGGCUCUUACAAAGGAAAGUAUUUUAGUUUCAUGGCUACCGCCAUUACAGCCAAAUGGAAAAGUAUCACGUUACACUGUUUAUAGUAGGGAGGCUGGUUCUCCACGACAAAAUAGUCACGCUAUGCAUGAAUCGCCUUUAUCUUCGACUGAUACACUUACAAUGGAAUUGCGUGGUUUAAACGAACGGCAACUUUAUGAAUUUUGCGUAUCGGCAACAACAAAACUUGGAGAAGGUGAAUCGACAACUAUUGUGACACAAACGACAAAUACAAAUGCUCCAGCGAGAGUGGCUUCAUUUUCUCAAAUUUUGAGAAGACCUGUAAAAUCCUCAGUUGUUUUGUCAUGUCUCGUGGUUGGAAAUCCAACACCUCGACCUGAUUGGACAUAUAAAAAUAAUAAAGUCUCUUCUGGAAGGCAUUAUGAAAUAACAGCUGAUGGUCAUCUCAAUAUUCACGGCCUAGAUCAAUCAGUUGCUGGAAAUUAUACAUGCUCGGUGAGCAAUUUAUUUGGAGAUGAUUCUAUAACGUAUACGUUAAUUGUUGUCAUGCCCCCAAGAGCACCAAUUCUUGAACUUCAAUAUACAACGACUGAUAGUAUCAAAUUUUGUUGGAAUCAUCCCGAUAAUGGAGGAGCGACAAUUCAAGGAUACGUUUUAAGUUACAAAAGAGAUCAAGGUGGAUGGGAGGAAAUGACCCUAUCGCCAGAACACACGGAAUUAACAUUAAGUGGCUUAAAAUGUGGAUCAUCUUAUCAUGCUCAUUUAACUGCCUAUAAUCGAGUUGGUACUGGAGAUCCAAGUUCAUUGAUUAGCGCUACAACAAAAGGAACAGCUCCACUUUUGCCGAGAGAACGUGAUAUUGUAUCAACGAAUUCAACGUCAGUACGUUUAAAUUUAUCAGCAUGGCCAAAUGGUGAAUGUUUAAUUCAUCAUUAUACUGUUGAAUAUCGUCGGCGAAUAGGAACGGAACCAUGGAUUUUGGUUGCGAGUAGAGCAACUGAAAAUCUGUUGAUUAGAGAUUUGAAACCAGCGUCUUGGUAUAGUUUACGUUUGACUGCGCACAACGAUGCUGGCUCAACUCAAACUCUAAUGGAAUUUGCAACAACAACUCUCAGUGGAAUUAGCAUUGGCCCGCCUAAUGAUUUAAUUAUGGACGAUGAUACUGUCAAGGGAAUUCCCAGUUAUAAACUUCUUUACAUUGUUGUACCACUUAUUUGCGCAAUUGUUCUCAUUAUAUCUGCCAUUGUUCUUGGUUACGUUAUGCUUAAACGUGGAAGAUCAAGUUAUUUAGGUGAUAUGUUACAAGGACAACCACAACCACCGGGUUUAGGAUUAAAUCAAAGUCAUCAAUCGCAUCAUCAUUUAUCAAAUUGUAUGUCGACUGUUCAAUUGAAAUCAACUGCCGAGAGGGAUAAUAGAAGAAAUCAUCAAGUUUACACAAGUUCGCCAGUCAAGCAAGAUAAUCACAAAUCAAAUGAUCAUGGUUCAGAAAUGUAUGAGAUUAGUCCUUAUGCAACGUUCAGCGUUCCUGGAAGGGAUAAUCGUUCGGUGACAACGGCAACAUUGGACUAUACAAUGCAAUUUAAAACGUUUGGUCAUUUGGAGAAUGAGGAUAUCAAUGCAAUUGAUUACGAGAGAUCGAGCGUGGAUUUUGAAAGGUCAAAAACACCAAGAUGGCAUAAACAAAGGUACUUUCCAAGCAUCGCCGAAGCUGAGAGUAAACUUCGUUCCAGUCGACAGGGAUCUGGUAGCGAUACAUCCGGCAGUCCUUGCGGCGAAUGCGCUGGACCAAGUUAUCGAGUUCCUGUUAAGCCAUGCAGGGAUAUUUUCUCGCGUGGCGUUGAAUCAAGCACAGAAUCUAACAACGAAGGCUCUCCGUCGCUAGCGAGAAGACGCAAUAGACAGUUGAGCAGGUCCAUUCGCAGUUCGGUAGAGACGCUGUUACCACCAACUGGAUUCAGCGACAGUCGUGAAUUGAGCGAGGCAGAAUGUGAUCGUGAUCGUGAUCGUGGACGAGGACGAGAUUGGCAAAGUUUAUCAAUUGCCACACGUCAUGGUGGUAGUCUUGGCCGUCUUCCUAUUGAAGCUGUUGAAACAAUGCUUGCAAGAAAUAUUAAUAUUUCAGGUAUCAACAAAGAAAGGAACAAGAAAGGCAAGAAUUCACUAUUCACGUAUGAUUAUAGGACAAAGAAAAAAAAUCAUCACACCAAAAUCAUCGUGCGGUAGUAAUAUCUAAAUUUUGACGAGCUUAGGCAAAAUAAAUAAAAAUUAUGUAAGUUUUAAAAACAAAUUAAAUUUGGCGCACAUUUAAAAAAAAAAAGCAACGUUGUUAGAGAAAAUAAUUUUUUAUAUAUUGGCAAUUUUAAUUUUUUAAAUUUUACUUUAGAGAAAAAAUUUAUAAUUAAAUUUCAAAAAUGAUUCCAAAUAGAAAAUUCAUUAAUGGAAUUUAUUUUUAAAAAAACGUGAACCUUUUUUUGCAAAUAAAAAAGGUAAACGAAGUAAAAAAAAAAAUAGAGAGUUGUAGAAGAACGUUUUUAUAGAAAUUACAUUUCUAAGAAAACAAAAUAAUUGUUUAUAUGCGUGUUUUUAAAUUUGUCUAUUGACUUUAUUAAAAAUAAAAUAAUAAAUCGUUUCUUCUAUUUGACUCUCAGAAAUUCUAUUAUAAAAAAAAAAAGAAAUAGACUGUCCACGAUUGGAAAAAACGAGUUUAAAAAAAAAAACUGCCAAAAAGAAACUCGCUCUCCAUUUGUAAAUAUCAGUGUUAUGUGCAAUGGCACAAAUUUCGUAUUGGCAUAUAAAAAAAAAAGUGCGGUACUCGUUACCAUGAAAACUACCGAUUUCCGUGUCAUCGGUUUAUUGUAUAGAUAAGAAAGUGUUUCGAAAAAGGGGAAAUAAUGAAAAUUCAUGAGAAAAGACUACAACAAGAAUAAUAUUAUUAUUAAAUGUUAAAACAUAUUUCAAUCAUCUGAGACAUUUUUUUGCAUUUGAAUAUAAAUUAAUAUACUAAUAUUGAUUAAUUUUAAUAAUAAAUACUUUUCUUUACAUAUAAAAAAAAUAUCAAUUAUUUCUUAAUAAUAAUAACAAUUAUUAAUGUUAAUUAAUAUUAGCUGAUUUUAAUAAAAUAUAUUAAAAAAAUUUCCUGACUCGGUAAAUGUUUUUAUAUAUUUACAGUUGAAAGACUUUAAAUUGUUAAGAAAGAAAAAUAUUUCUGUUGAACUCAAUUGAAACAUUCGUCGAGUCAGGUAAAAGCAGAUGGACUUUUUUAUAACUUGUUUUUUAAAAUCCUUUUUCAAAUUUACAAUUUUGUAAAUAUAAAUUUUUUAUACCAACUCAUUUUUUUUAAGUCUCGAAAAAGUGGAAAAAAAAUAUUCUAAUUUGUUUUCGCAAUUUAAUGAGAAAUAAUUUGUUAUUUAUUUCGACUGAGAAAAACCCACUGCCAAUUUUCUAUAGUUAUAUCGCUGCCAAAAAAAUUUUUUUCGUUCGACUAUUUGAAGAGAUGAAAAAAUAAUUAACGACCUCUCCUGAUCGUUAUAUUUAAUUAAUAAUAUCGUUUUUGAUAAACAAAAAAAAAGCUCAGAAAUUUUUACUUAUUUCCUAGAUACGUAUUUAUAAAAAAAAAAAAAAAUUGUAUCACGACGAAAACUGGUCAAUAGAAAUUUUUGACAAUCUUUUUUUAAUUAAAAAAAAAAACAACUUUGAUAUAUUAUAAUUAUAUAAGGAGAAAAACAACGUCGUUGUACAAAUUAUUAUCUUAGGAAAUUUACUAAAAAAAAAAAAAAAAAACUUUUCUAUUGAAUCCACAAUGAGAUCAACUCUUAUAUUUAUUAGAAAUAUUUUAUAUUGAUUUAUUUAAUACUCAUUUUUUAUGUAAAUGAAUGAAAAAGAAAUUUUACACUUGAUUUUUAAAAUUUUGUAAAAAUAUUUUUAAUG